CAUCUCUCCUUUAUCGGAUCUCUAAACUGAUGAUCUCCGCCACUCUUUCCUUUAUUUAAACACAUUGUUCACGUACAUUCAUUCCCCUCAGAAAACUGCCUUCUCUUCUCUACGUGAAUGCAGUUCAAUAUGAGUACUGCAUCGUGCUUGCUAACAGUCAUAUUUCUUCUUCUGAGCGUUGUUGGUUUCUGUCAUGGUGGUGUUACCAGUAGUUAUGUUAGGAAAGCUGAGGGAUCUUCUGACUUGCCGAAAGAAGCUUUUCCUCCUCCUCCAGGAUUCAAUGCACCAGAGCAGGUUCAUAUAACUCAAGGAGAUCGGGGAGGACGGGGUGUGAUUAUUUCAUGGGUUACACCAUUAAUGCGGCAUCCGAAUUUUGUGACCUAUUGGGCUGCAGAGGGCAAGCUCAAGAAUUAUAAGCUUACUUCUCCGGCCAAAAUCACCUCGUACAGAUACUUUAAUUAUACUUCUGGUUACAUUCAUCAUGCCACCAUUAAAAGAUUAGAGUAUGACACUAAAUACUUUUAUGAGAUUGGGAUUGGCGUGUGUGCCCGUCUGUUCCAUUUCAGAACUCCUCCCAAAGUAGGGCCAGAUGUUCCAUACACAUUUGGUAUUAUUGGUGAUUUGGGACAGACAAUUAAUUCUAAUGAGACGCUUGAGCAUUAUAUUUCCAACCCGACUGCGCAAACUAUGUUGUUUGCGGGUGAUCUUUCUUAUGCAGAUGAUCACCCAUAUCAUGACAAUGAGAGAUGGGACACAUGGGGGCGGUUUAUUGAGAAGAGUGCUGCGUAUCAGCCAUGGAUUUGGACUGCUGGCAAUCAUGAACUUGAUUUUGCCCCAGAAAUUCAAGAAUAUGCUCCUUUCAAGCCCUAUAUGAACAGAUACCACGUGCCCUACAGAUCAUCGCAAAGUACAUCCCCACUUUGGUAUUCCAUUAAGCGUGCAUCUGCACACAUCAUUGUCCUCUCUUCUUACUCAGCAUAUGGUAAAUACACUCCUCAAUACACUUGGCUCAAACAGGAGCUCACCAAAGUUAAUCGAGCUGAAACUCCAUGGCUUAUAGUUCUUCUUCACUCACCAUGGUAUAACAGCAACAACUACCAUUUUAUGGAAGGAGAAAGCAUGAGAGUGGCUUUUGAAUCCUGGUUUGUUGAAAGCAAAGUUGACAUUGUGUUUGCCGGUCAUGUUCAUGCCUAUGAGCGUUCUGAGCGAAUAUCGAAUGUGAGGUACAAUAUAACAGAUGGACUCAGCACGCCAAUAAAAGACCAAUCUGCACCAAUAUACAUAACAAUUGGUGAUGGUGGUAAUAUUGAGGGCAUUGCUAACAGUUUUACUGACCCACAACCAAGUUAUUCUGCAUUCCGGGAAGCAAGCUUUGGGCAUGCAACUCUCGCUAUAAAGAAUAGGACCCAUGCCCACUAUACUUGGCACCGUAACCAAGAUAGUAAUGCUGUUGCAGCUGAUUCUCUUUGGUUAUACAACAGGCACUAUUAUCCAGUUGAAGAGCUUGGCCAUUAAUUAGGAAGCACUAAAGUCCUAGUCCAUUUUUCAUUUUGACUGCCAAUUUGGUGUCAGCUUGGUUUUUCAUGUUUAGAUGGCUCGGUUUUAAUUAUUGUUAAGUUGAGUUUUGCUGGGUAGUAGUACCUAUUUCAAAGUUUGGUAGAAAGUGGGGUGCACUGUAGGGCAUACUUUUAAUUGCUCCUUAUCAUAAAAUUAACUGUUAGAGGUAGGAAGUAAUGGUUGAUCGAGAGUGGCAUUGCCAGAACUUUCUCCAUCUUUGUUUUCAGACACCAUGGGAAUCUCAGACUUUUCUAUGCCAACCUUUCUCUCUUUGCUCUUCCCCCACACAACAAUGUAGAGUCCGGCUACAUUAACACUGCUACAAUAA